GAUGGAUGUCCUAUAAGUCCGGGCUUUACAUUAUCUAAAGUUUAUUACUUAAAGCCUCUGUUGGCUAAUAAUAAAGACAAACGAGGCCUCGCACUGGACGGUCAGCUCAAGCACGAGGACACGAACUUAGCCUCUUCUACAAUUGUAACAGAUCCGACGCAAAAGGAGAACUUAGGGAUAAUAGUUCAGUAUAAGGUUAAAGUGAAACUUUGUUUGGGACCGUUGGGCGGGGAUGUGGUCGCAGAACUUCCUUUCGUUUUAAUGCAUCCAAAACCAGAUGACAAUAAUUUAAGCACUCCUUCGAAACCAAUGGACUCUACGAAUGCCGACGGAGAGGUGAGCGCUCUCGACGGCCAGAAUCAAGCGGUCACCGAAGCCAACCUCAUCCAACUCGACACGGUCUUCAAGAAGAGCUCUCCCAACGGCAAAAUAACAGUCUAUUUGGGGAAAAGAGAUUUUGUCGAUCACUUAACACAUGUCGAUCCUAUCGAUGGUGUGGUACUGAUAGAUCCGGAUUACCUAAAGGAUCGCAAAGUCUUUGGGCACGUAUUGGCCGCAUUUCGCUACGGGAGAGAAGAUUUAGACGUUUUAGGGCUUACUUUUAGAAAAGAUCUCUACUUAGCGUCGGAACAAAUUUUUCCCCUUAAAGAAGAGACCAAUUCCGCGAAGAGACCGCUCACUCGACUCCAGGAAAGACUUAUCAAAAAAUUAGGAUCAAAUGCUUUUCCAUUUUUCUUUGAGCUUCCACCUCACUGUCCGGCAUCAGUCACUCUACAACCAGCGCCCGGCGAUACUGGAAAGCCCUGUGGAGUUGACUACGAGCUUAAGGCAUAUGUGGCCGAAAAUGUGGACGAAAAGCCUCACAAAAGGAAUUCUGUUCGACUGGCGAUCAGAAAAGUGGUUUACGCGCCUUCCAAACAAGGCGAUCAGCCCAGCGUUGAAGUGAGCAAAGAAUUCAUGAUGAGUCCCAAUAAACUGCAUUUGGAGGCAUCGCUGGACAAAGAGCUGUACCAUCACGGAGAGAACAUUGCCGUCAAUGUCCACAUCGCCAACAGCUCCAACCGAACGGUCAAAAAAGUCAAAGUAUCCGUUCGUCAGUUCGCAGACAUAUGUUUGUUCUCAACCGCUCAAUACAAGUGCUCCGUCGCUGAGAUUGAGAACGAGUCAGUCGUU